CCCUUCUCCUUUCAUUCACAACCACACCCUUCUUAGACGCCAUUGUUACUUUCUCCAUUUCUCUUCUUUCUGCUUAACCCAUUUGGGGGAUUUUGCUCAAAUGGCUCUUUCGUGUUCCAAAGUUUCUUCCUUUUCUCUCUCACCCGUUGUGGGUGAUGCUCCAAAAAAGCUCACUUUUUCUUCUUUGAGUUUCGCCACCAAGGGUGGUGGGAGCAAGAACUUGAGGGUGUGUGCUGCUUCGAAUGCACCAGCACCAGCACCAGCACCAGCACCAGCACCUCUCUCUGGUGUGAUAUUUGAACCCUUUCAAGAGCUGAAGAAAGAUUACCUUGCUGUUCCCAUAGUUCAAAAUGUUUCCUUGGCUCGUCAGAACUAUGCAGAUGAGUCUGAAGCUGCAAUCAAUGAACAGAUCAAUGUGGAAUACAACGUUUCGUAUGUGUACCACUCCCUGUUUGCGUAUUUCGACAGAGACAACAUAGCUCUCAAGGGGCUUGCCAAAUUCUUCAAGGAAUCAAGUGAAGAAGAAAGAGAGCACGCUGAAAAGUUUAUGAAGUAUCAGAACAUUCGUGGAGGACGAGUGGUGCUGCACCCUAUUACAAGUCCUCCCUCAGAAUUUGAGCAUUCGGAGAAAGGAGAUGCCUUGUAUGCCAUGGAAUUAGCUUUGUCUUUGGAGAAGUUGACAAAUGAGAAACUUCUGCAUGUUCAUAGUGUGGCAAGCCGUAACAAUGAUCCUCAGCUGGCAGAUUUCAUAGAGAGCGAGUUUUUGUAUGAGCAGGUUAAAUCAAUUAAAAAGAUUGCAGAGUAUGUGGCUCAACUGAGAUUAGUUGGAAAGGGUCAUGGUGUUUGGCACUUUGAUCAAAGGCUUCUUGAUGAAGAUCAUGUGUAAUCUUGAAGGGCCUGCUUUCUACGUUUGUUCCCAUGUUAAGUUGGUGUGUUGUUCUGUGUUUGUAGGGCAGUGAAUAAGUGUCUCUCCUAGGUGAUAAUACUGUAGGAACUUGUGUGUUGGUAGUCUUAUGUACAAUCUCUUAUGUUUGUAUUUGUAGCAUGCAAUUAUUUUGUUAGAAAUAAAAAUGAAGUUGGCUA